AAAGUAUGGCUUCCAAACCUGGGAUCCUCACUGACUGGCCAUGGAAGCCUCUUGGGAACUUUAAGUACGUGAUUUUGGCUCCAUGGGCGAUUCAUGGCACUUACUCAUUCAUUGCAAAAGGAGAAAGUGAGAGAGAUCUGGGCUACUUCCUCAUAUUCCCAUUCCUUUUGGCGAGGAUGCUUCACAAUCAGAUAUGGAUUUCUCUCUCUCGUUACCGAACAGCUAAAGGCAAUAACAGGAUUGUUGACAAAGGUAUCGAAUUUGAGCAGGUUGACAGAGAAACCACUUGGGAUGACCAAAUCUUGUUCAAUGGAGCCAUAUUUUACAUAGGGUACAUGGCACUUCCUCAGAGUCAUAACCUACCCUUAUGGAAAUCAAAUGGUGUUAUUAUCACAGCUUUGCUCCAUGCUGGUCCAGUGGAGUUUCUCUAUUACUGGUUUCACAGAGCAUUGCAUCACCAUUUCCUUUACUCUCGCUACCAUUCCCACCACCAUUCUUCCAUUGUCACUGAGCCCAUCACCUCUGUGGUUCAUCCCUUUGCGGAACACAUCGUAUAUUUCAUGCUGUUUACAAUACCAUUGCUGACAACGGUGCUCACCGGAGCUGCCUCUAUUGCAUCCUUUGCUGGUUAUAUCACGUUCAUUGAUUUCAUGAACAACCUGGGUCACUGCAACUUUGAGUUCAUUCCUAAGUGGCUCUUCUCCAUCUUUCCCCCACUCAAGUACCUCAUUUACACCCCGUCGUUUCAUUCACUACAUCACACCCAGUUCCGCACCAAUUACUCACUCUUCAUGCCUCUCUACGAUUACGUGUAUGGGACCAUGGACAAGUCCACAGAUACCCUAUACGAGGCUUCACUCAAAAGGCCUGAAGAGUCACCUGAUGUCGUACAUCUAACCCAUCUCACGACACCCGAAUCCAUUUAUCAUCUACGGCUAGGAUUUGCCUCCUUGGCCUCUUGGCCCUACUCCUCCAAAUGGUACUUGCGGCUGCUGUGGCCUGUCACCUUAUUUUGGUCUGUCAUUAUAAGUGGGAUCUACGGCCAUGCUUUUGUUCUUGAGAGGAUCACCUUCAAAGCCCUCAAGUUGCAGUCUUGGUUGGUACCAAGAUAUAACAUUCAGUACAUGGUACAAUGGCAAAGAGAAGCCCUCAAUACCUUGAUUGAAGAAGCCAUACUAGAUGCUGAAGUGAAAGGAGUGAAGGUGAUAAGUCUAGGACUUCUAAAUCAGGGGGAGGAAAUGAAUAGAAAUGGAGAGCUUUACAUCAAAAGGUAUCCUCAGCUGAAGAUAAGGCUGGUGGAUGGAAGUAGCUUAGUAGUGGCUUUGGUGCUAAAUAGCAUUCCAAAAGGAACAACUCAAGUGCUGCUUAGGGGCAAGCUUGGUAAGGUUGCUUGUGCCAUUGCAGAUGCUCUGUGUGAAAGUGGAAUUCAGGUGGCAAUAUUAUACAAUGAUGAGUAUGAGAAGCUUCGAUUAAGACUUACCACCAAGUCAAAAAGCAAUUUGGUCAUUUCAACAAGUUUCACUGAUCAGAAGAUAUGGUUAGUGGGAGAUAGAUGGACUGAAGACCAGGAACAACACAAGGCACCAAAAGGAACAUUAUUCAUACCUUUUUCUCAGUUCCCACCAAAGAAACCGAGAAAAGAUUGCUCCUACCAGGCCACACCAGCAAUGAUCGCUCCCACAUCUUUAAUUAGCAACAUGCACUCUUGUGAGAAUUGGCUGCCAAGAAAAGUGAUGAGUGCAUGGCGUAUUGCUGGGAUAUUGCAUGCCUUGGAAGGGUGGAAUGUGCACGAGUGUGGGAACACCAUGUUUGACAUCGACAAGGUUUGGCAAGCAAGUCUCCGACAUGGGUUCCAACCUUUGACCACGCCGGCGGCGGCUUGAUCAUGCUUGAGACUAAUUACUUAAUAUAUAUAUAUAUAUAUAUAUAUAUCCAUAUGUAGAAACUAAAAUUAUAUAUUUAAAGGGAAGAGUGUGGGGAGAAUGAACACUGAAUAUGUGCGGUCACAGAUAUCUUGUGUUUUUGUUCUCUUGACGAUGGUACUGGUUGGAUACUGUACUCUUAUAAUAAAUAAAUAAAUAAAUAAAAACUAUUUUCCAGUUAUUACAUA